CCUCCCAAAAUUAAAAUUCGCAUACAUUUCAAUCACACGAGCAUUGCCUUGCGUUGUAGAUCUAAAUCGGUUAAAAUGGCAGAGGAAAUCACCGCAUCGGUGGCUGCAACCACAGCCACCAAUAGAAAGAAACGAUCUUUAUGGCCCACCGUCCUCCGAUGGGUUCCCACCUCAACCGAUCACAUCAUCGCCGCCGAAAAACGUCUUCUCUCUCUCGUCAAGACGCCUUACAAGACAGAGCAGGUUAAUAUUGGGUCGGGUCCGCCGGGUUCGAAAGUCAGGUGGUUCAGAUCGGCGAGUAAUGAGCCAAGGUUUAUUAAUACGGUUAGUUUUGAUGGUAAAGAGGGGUCUCCCACGCUUGUUAUGAUCCAUGGAUAUGGGGCUUCUCAAGGCUUCUUUUUCCGGAAUUUCGACGUCCUUGCCCAGCAUUUUAAAGUCAUUGCAAUCGAUCAACUUGGUUGGGGUGGUUCUAGUAGGCCUGAUUUCACAUGUAAAAGUACUGAAGAAACCGAGGCGUGGUUCAUUGAUUCCUUUGAGGAAUGGCGCAAAGCAAAAAAUCUUAGCAACUUCAUUUUACUGGGGCAUUCUUUUGGAGGAUAUGUUGCUGCUAAAUAUGCUCUGAAGUAUCCUGAGCACAUCCAACACUUGAUUUUAGUUGGACCUGCUGGAUUUAGUUCAGAAACAGAGCAUAUGUCUGAGCAGCUUACUCGGUUUAGAUCAACAUGGAAAGGAGCCAUUGCAAAUCAUUUAUGGGAGUCUAAUUUUACUCCGCAAAAGAUUAUAAGAGGUUUAGGUCCUUUUGGUCCGGAUCUGGUUCGCAAGUAUACUAGUGCGAGAUUUGGUGCACGUUCACAAGGACACGUAUUAACUGAGGAGGAAUCAAGAUUACUUACAGAUUAUGUGUAUCAUACUCUGGCGGCUAAAUCUAGUGGAGAUCUGUGCUUAAAAUAUAUAUUCUCCUUUGGAGCCUUUGCACGGAUGCCCCUUUUAAAAAGUGCAUCGGAGUGGAAGGUGCCAACAACAUUCGUAUAUGGUUUCCAAGAUUGGAUGAAUUACGAAUGUGCACAAGAGGCUAGAAAGCAAAUGAAAGUCCCGUGCGAGAUAAUAAGGGUCCCUCAGGGUGGUCACUUUGUAUUCAUAGACAAUCCAGCUGCUUUUCAUUCGGCUGUAUUAUAUGCUUGCCGGAAUUAUAUUUCACCCGACCAGGACAGUAUCUCACUUCCAGAAGGCCUGGAAUCUGUCUGAAGAAUAGAGAAUGUGUUGUAUUAUAAUGUUUAACAUAUAAAUAACAUUUCUGUUACAGCGAGGAGCCCGUUCACCCGAUUAAGAAUUCUUUUGCAAUGUAUAUUAGGAUUAUCCGCUACAGAGGGGCUCUUAUUCUUUUGUAUCAGCCUUAUUAUUAUUAAUAUUAUUAUUUAGUUAUUUAUUUAUUUAUUUUUCCUGGAGCCCCGUUUUGAUCUCUGUAGUGGAAAAAUUUCUGUAAUUAUUGAUUAUAAUUGAAGGUUGGGACCUAAAUGUAACCAGAAAUUGUAUGCGACCCAAGUGCAGUUACAAUU